ACAGAGAGGAGACCCUCCUCCCCUGGGCUGGCCAGCCCGCCGACCGGCCUCCCUUCCCCUCCCCUCCCCGCCCCGCCGGCCGGCCGGCGGAGGGUCCUUCCCGGGUAAAGUUGCUCGGCGCCCCCCGGGCGAAGGGCGGGGGUGUGCGGGGCUGACACCCGCCUCCCAUCCGCGUCGCCGAGCUAUUUAUUUAAAUCGCAAAUAAAGCGCCUCGCCGCCCGCCCUGCCGGGAACACGCAGUCCGGACGCCCCGCGGGGCCGGCGGGACCGAGCCCAUGGCCGGGAGCGCGGCCCCGGCCCCCGGGGCUCUGCUCUGCGCCCUGCUCUGGGCGGCGGCGGCAGCGGGGGGCGGCCCCGGGGGCAGCCCCGCUCCCGCCGCCUUCGGCCGCGUCUACCGGGGCGCCGUGAACAUCAGCGCGGAGCGAGUCUAUGCCUUCGCCUACCGCAGCGAGCCCGGGCAGGUGGAUGCAGUGCGGGUGUAUGUGAACAGCAGCUCCGAGAACCUCCGAUAUCCUGUGCUGUUUGUAGUUCGCCAACAGAAGGGAGUACUGUCGUGGCAGGUCCCAUUAAUUUUUCGAGGCCUCUAUCAGAGGACCUACAACUACCAAGAAGUGAGUCGCACCCUCUGUCCGUCGGAGCCGACACCUGAAACAAGACCCUCUGACCAGAUUAUAUUUGUGGAUGUUGCUUCCAUGGCACCAUUUAACAUUGCCUAUGAGCUGCUAGUCACCAGGCUCGAGAACUUCCAACUUGAGACCAACAGAGCCUUUAACUUCACUGCCAGCCCUUCCCAGCCCCAGUAUUUUCUGUACAAAUUUCCUCAGGAUGUCGAUUCAGUCAUUAUUAAUGUGGUGUCUGAUGCAGCGUACCCAUGCUCGGUUGUCUCCGUCCAGGAUAUUGUGUGCCCAGUGUAUGACCUGGACCAUAAUGUGGAGUUCAACGGUGUUUACCAGUCUAUGACUAAGCAAGCAGCCAUAACAGUGCAGAGAAAGGACUUCCCAGGUGAGCAGUUCUUCGUUGUGUUUGUCAUCAAGCCGGAGGAUUAUGCCUGUGGGGGUUCUGUGCCUUCUUCAAUUCAUGGGAAUGCCAACCGUACCUGGAACCUGCAGCGGACAAAGAGCCUUCAAGUGACGAUUGUGCCCUCUAUUAAAAAGUCCGUUUAUGUCCAGGCCAUGUUCUUCAGCUUCCUGGGUUUCCUCUCCUUUUACCUGGGCUCAGUGGUUGUUGCUUUUGUGCACUACAUUAGGGUUCAAAGGAAGGCUUCUGCUGGGAGAUUGAGUCCCGAGCAUGGAUCUGGGAUUAUGACUUCUUCACACCCCAUCUCAGCCAGCACUCCUGAGGGAAGCAGCUAUGGUGCUAUUGAUGAGUCAAGCUCCAGUGGUGGACGUCAGAUGUCCUCCCCUGAGCACAGGCCACCAGCUGGUUCUGACACAGACAGUUCUGUGGAGGAGGAGAGUGACUUCGACACCAUGCCAGAAAUUGAAAGUGAUAAGAACAUCAUCCGCACCAAGGUGUUCCUCUAUCUAUCAGACUUGUCUAGGAAGGACCGAAGGAUUGUCAGCAAAAAGUACAAAAUCUAUUUCUGGAACAUCAUCACCAUUGCAGUGUUUUAUGCCCUGCCGGUCAUCCAGCUUGUCAUCACUUACCAGACGGUAGUAAAUGUGACUGGCAAUCAGGACAUCUGCUACUACAACUUUCUGUGUGCUCAUCCCCUUGGGGUGCUGAGUGCCUUCAACAACAUCCUCAGCAAUGUGGGCCACAUGAUGCUGGGCUUUCUCUUCCUCCUCAUUGUGUUGCGCAGGGACAUUCUCCACCGUCGGGCCAUGGAGAUGAAAGAUAUCUAUACCCUGGACUAUGGGAUCCCAAAGCAUUUUGGUCUCUUUUAUGCUAUGGGCAUCGCUCUGAUGAUGGAAGGGGUGCUCAGUGCCUGUUAUCACGUCUGCCCUAAUUACUCCAAUUUCCAGUUUGACACCUCCUUCAUGUACAUGAUCGCAGGACUGUGCAUGCUCAAGCUCUACCAGACCCGCCACCCAGACAUCAAUGCCAGUGCCUACUCUGCCUAUGCCUCGUUUGCUGUGGUGAUCUGUCUGGCUGUCCUUGGAGUGGUAUUUGGGAAAAAUGACAUGUGGUUUUGGGUUGUUUUCUCAAUAAUCCAUGUUUUGGCCUCGUUGGCUCUCAGCACCCAGAUCUACUAUGUGGGCCGCUUCAAGAUGGAUGGCCCUGACUCAGACCUGGGCAUAUUUCGACGAGCAGUGAUGGUGCUAUACACAGACUGUAUCCAGCAGUGCAGUCGACCAAUGUACAUGGACAGGAUGGUGCUGCUCAUUGUUGGAAACCUGGUCAACUGGUCCUUUGCUAUCUUUGGGCUCGUGUAUCGGCCCAGAGACUUUGCCUCCUACAUACUGGGUAUCUUCAUCUGUAACCUGCUGCUGUAUCUGGCUUUCUACAUCAUCAUGAAGCUCCGCAGCUCUGAGAAGCUCCUGCCCAUCCCCAUGUUCUGCAUUGUGGCCACAGCAGUGGUGUGGGCAGCUGCCCUCUACUUCUUCUUCCAGACCCUCAGCAGCUGGGAGGAGACUCCAGCAGAGUCCCGGGAAAAGAACCGGCCAUGCAUCCUGCUGGGUUUCUUUGAUGACCAUGAUGUCUGGCACUUCCUCUCUGCAGCUGCCUUGUUCUUCUCCUUUCUGGUCCUGCUGACCCUGGAUGAUGACCUGGAUACGGUGCGCAGGGACAAGAUCCCGGUGUUCUGAGUCCCCAGGGGACAGGGGUGCAGGGGCGUCCCAAACUGCUCAGCCAAAGGCACUGGGCCACUGGUAUCUGUGGGGAAUGAGCCUGCUUCCGUGGCCAACAACACAGUAGGAGCAGGGGAGCUGGAUCCCACAGAAAGCAUGAAGGGGUGCUGUGGUAACUGAGGCAGGACCAGAAGGGAAGACGACGUUUACUCCUUUCCCACCGCAUCCUCUGGGGCAGGCAUGACCCAGCAGCCAAGGCCAGUGCACAGCCCUCUGGCUCACAGGUGCAGUGGGUGCUGGAGCCAGUGAGGGGGGAGGAAACAGGAGGGAGGUGUGUUUGAGACCUUUGCUUCCCUUCCUUCCUGCUGAUGUGCUCCGCUUCCUCUCUGGUGAGCAGGCUUGAGAAGUGCUGCUCCUCCUGCACUGGGAGCUGAUGCCUGUACCCUGCAGGCUGCUGCCCUCAGAGAGUCCUUUCAGCUGCACAGGGAGAGCAUUUGGUUCCUGUCCUGCAGCCACCAAGGGAGCAAAGGACUCCAAACUGAGGUGGCAGUGGGGAGACAGUUUUCUUCUUUUCUUCAUUUUGUUGGAGAGACUCCUCUGGUAGCUGGUGGGGAGCCAUGGUAACAAGACUGUGGUGUUGGAGGGAGAUGGUGGACUUAGAGCUGCCCAUGCGUGCUCUGCCAGAGCCUCCCGCCUUGCUCCUGAAGGCUCUCACUCACUCCUGUUGAACAGCCACACUUCCUCUGGCAGCUCCGGUGCUGGCUCUUGUCAGCGUGAUGGUCUCUCAGGGCACUAGAAGUGCUGUCCUCAAGCAAACCUAAAAGAGAUGGCGCAGCAAAGCCACAACCUUGCAUGCUGGGCAGCUCUUUGGCAGCCCCUUGGCUCCUGCUGCCUGCCUUGCCAAAGGGGCAAGGUGGAAGAGGCAUGUCGUCCAGCAACCUCAGACUUUCCCCUUCAAUGAGUCUGUUUUGGACAAACUUGGCAAAGCAGGUUCCCUUAUGGACCGGGAGUGUGGAAGAGGUUUGGGGACAGUUGGGGUUGAGCUCUUUAGCUAAAGAUCUGGGCCAAACUUUCUUGUCAAACUUUGCUGCAUCUGAAAUAAGUUUUUAAAUGGCUUCUGCGUUGUUUCUAAUUUCUUGGUUGUUUAAAAAACAAGAAUGAGGUGUGAAUUAUUUCAGACCUUGCAUCUAAAUAUGGGACCUGUUUUGCUAAUUUUGAAUUAAAAAGUGUUCUUUCAGGCCUGCUGUCCUUAUUCUUGCCAUUGUCUGAGCAUUUUUGCUUCAGUGUAUGUGCAUGUACCCAGUGAUGGGAAGGUUUCAUUCCACUUCUGCUUACUAAAGCAAACAACUAUGGUAAUGUUUUACUCUGAGAGUCUGUAUCUCCUUGAAAAGUUUUGCACCAGCUGAUUUUUAUUUUUUUCUAAGUUGGGGAUUGUCAAGACUGUCAAUAAAAUGAAUGUUCCUGGUUCCCUGCUCUGCAGGUUGAUGUGAAUUCUUCUUACUCCAGCUCUCAGCAGGAGCAAGGAGAGCAGCUGGGGCAGAGGGGUGCCCAGUGGUGUCACACAGCUGCUGUCAUCCUUGGGACUGUCACAGACGUUUCCUGAGCAUAGGUGCAGAUGACCUGCUUGUUCUCUUACAAUUGCCUUUGUGAGACUAAAUAGAGUGAAGAACAGA